CCCACGCCCUCAGACCACCACACGCCCACACCCUCAGACCCCCACAAGCCCACACCCUCAGACCCCCACACGCCCACAGCAUGCGUGAGUGGUGACGGGGGGGAGCUAGGAUGGGAAGCGUGAACUAGGAGUGGUGGUGGUGGGCCGGAGUCCAGGAAUAAUUAAGAAGGCCACCGGAGGCGCCAUGGAACCCAGCAACGAGGAUGUCGAGGAUGACAAGAGGUCGGGACCUGUGGGUGAUGGUGGUGUCAGCGUCCCCCUACCACCACAUCCUCGGCCAGCCCAACGUCAAGUAUGUGGCCAACAUGCACGGCAACGAGGCCGUCGGCAGGGAGAUGCUCCUUCACCUGAUUGAGUACCUGACCAAGAGCUACAGCACCGACGACCACACCCGCUGGCUCCUCGACAACACCAGGAUACACAUCAUGCCCUCAAUGAACCCCGACGGCUUCGAGGUGGCCAAGGAGGGCGUCUGUCGCGGAGGACAGGGCAGGUACAACUCCCGAGGCUUCGAUCUCAACCGCAACUUCCCCGACUACUUCAAGCAGAACACCAAGCGGAACCAGCCGGAGACGGAGGCGGUGAAGCAGUGGGUCUCCAAGAUACAGUUCGUGCUGUCGGCCAACUUGCACGGCGGGGCCCUCGUCGCCUCCUACCCCUUCGACAACUCCCCCAACACCAUCAAGGACUGCAACCUGAAGCCCUUGUGUGCAGUCUUCCAGCAGUUCACGUCGACACCGUCCCUGACGCCUGACGAAGACGUCUUCAGGCACAUCGCCGGAGUGUACUCCUUCAACCACGCCACCAUGCACCUGGGCCUCCCCUGCAAGCCCGGCGCCCACUCCUUCUCCAACGGUACCACCAACGGCGCCGCCUGGUACCCCCUCACUGGCGGGAUGCAGGACUACAACUACGUGUGGCACGGCUGCAUGGACAUCACCAUCGAGCUCUCCUGCUGCAAGUACCCCACAGCGGACCAGCUCCCCAAGUUCUGGCAGGACAAUAAGAAGGCGCUGGUAAGGUACCUGGCGGAGGUGCACAGGGGCGUGAGGGGCUUCGUCAAGGACGAACAUGACCGGCCGGUGGAAGGCGCCUCCAUCAAGAUUCGUGGACGUGACGUUGGCUUCCAGACCACCAAGUACGGAGAGUACUGGCGAGUACUUCUCCCUGGCAGAUACACCAUCGAGGUAUACGCUGAGGGCUUCGACCCUCGGGAGGAGGACUUCACGGUGGUGGAGACCAACCCAACACUCCUCAACCUGACCCUCUACCGCGCCUCUCCGCCGCCAGACGCCCAGCCGUCAGCACCUCACCAACACCCAGCACAGCCUACAGCCGGGGACCGGCACGAGCAGCAGCGGCGGCCAGCGUAUGUUGGGGGGCCCAACCAGCAGCAAGGAUCAGCACCCCAGGGCGGGAUAUCCGGCUUUCUCUCCUCCAUUUCCAGUCAAUUGUCCAAUGUUUUCAACAUUUUUGGUUGAGGGAAUCUCCUCUGCAGACGGUUUCUGUGUGACGUGAAGACUCUGGAGUAUUCUGAGCUGCUCUGACCAGUGUUGAGUUAGGAAGGUGGCUGGCGUGCUUUCAGCAUGAACAAAAUGUAAUAUUCAAUUCUUGAGCGACAAGGCGAAUACAUCAUUAAAUUUAUCACUUGUUGUGAAGCACACACUCAGGUCUCGUGUAAAUGGAUGCACAAAGAACCAAAUAUAUUAUUGUAGUGCGGUAGUGAGAGGAUGUAGCUGCCCAAUAGUGCGAAACUGAAAUGCUGUUUGUAGUGUUUGUUUAUAUUAUUAUAGGAAAAUGUGGCAUUAGGCUAAGGUGGUCCGAUCCUGAUGUGUUCAGCUCCAUACAUUUCUGGAGCUCAUGAAGUAGAUCCAUGCCGUGGUUAUUUGUACUAUUGUUAACAAUAGCCUGUAGUUAUUGUUAAGGUAUGUUUUGCUUUAAAAUAUGUGUGAGUUGUUGAUUAAACCAUCUUUUUCUAUCGAGGUAGUUUAUAAACCAGAAGUACAUGUGGACUGCCUGUAGCCAGGACAAAACAGCUCACAUAUAAUUCAUUAACAUAUAAUUAUUAUGUUAUAAUAUUAUAACAUCUAAUAUUAUAAUAUAUCACGAAUCAUAACACAUAAUUUAUGUUAAGUGUACAGGGAGACUUCUCACUCUCAGUUACCUCCUUAACAUUGCACUUGUUGAAGCCUAGCGUUUGACUUAUAAACUGACAAUUCCAUUAUUAUGAUAUUUGAUAUAAUAAAAGAAGAAUAUUAUUAGUAUUAAAUUUUGACUGAACUGAGUGUUAUUUGUUAUGGCUGAGUGCUACAUUCGUUGUGUAGGCAGGACCAACAACGUUUAUCAGUGUCAUAAUAGCAAUAAUUAUUCUGGGUUUUAAUUUGUUAGUUAACAUUUUUUAUUGAUAAAAUAUUACGAGGAAUUGCAUAAUGCCUACAUACAAACUAAGAACUACAAGGAUGAUAAAAUUAGCAUAAUUUUGCAGAGUUGGCAGACAUUAUUAUUAUUAAAUAAAUCCAACAGAAGCCUAGAUGAGGGGUUCGAACCUAUGCGCUGGGUGUUUCCAGGCGUGCUCUAGUCGACUGCACCAUGCCUGGGAACACCCAGCACAUAGAUUCGAACCCUCAUCAAAGCUCCUGUUGGUUAUGUUAAUUGAUAUAUCAUGUCAAUGGGAUUUAUCUAUGUAUUAUUAUUAUUAUUAUUAUUAUUAUUAUUAUUAUUAUUAUUAUUAUUAUUAUUAUUAUUAUUAUUAUUAUUAAGGUGUCAGCUACUUUUGUGCACACAACUGACCACAGCCCACGUCUGCCUUCCAUUAACUGCCUUCUUAUAUAGAUGUAGAGUUGAUGGUCCAUGGCCUCAGAAACACAGCUUCCUGAUGCACUGGUGUUCUGAUCCCAGACUGACAGUGUUGGUUCCUUUAUAAACAGUAAUUCCUCUAUAAAAGACUAUGCUAUGAUACUAUAAAAUAUCUGAUUUAAAAUAAAUAUGUUACGAACUUUAGCCAUGUGAUACCUUUGAAAUAUAAGAUAUUGCUAGUCUAGGGAGUUUAUUUAUCUUGGUCAUGUUGCACUAAUGCAACCAUUCAACAUUUAAUGUGUCACAAUACUAAUUACGUAAUGAGUUCCUGAUCUCUGUCCAUAUCACAUUAAUGAACUCUUAUUAGUGUUUCUAGAGCUGAACCUAGAAUCAAAUAUUUAUUUUGUGCGGCAGUUGGUGUUCAGAACAUUAAGUUCUGCGCAUCACAAUUGUUGUGAACAUUUGCAACUUCAAAAUUAUUGCAUUAACGAUUAAACUUUUGGUUUGACAGUUUAAUGAUAGCUUCUGUAUCACAUGCAACACAAUUAGUUAAAAAUCAGUAAUUAUCAGUAUCACUUUAGGCAGUUGUGCAUAAACAUUUAUACCAACGCAGACAGUUUGAGAGAACGUCAGCCAGAAAUAAGGCAGGUCAAAUUAGUCAUCAAAAGUGAAGCAGAAAAUGACAACCAUAAAUUGGAUUUAAUUUUUGUUGUCAAUGACUCGCCUUUGACCCCCGAAAAUUUCAGUAGCAUGUAUUUUAAAUGUGACUGAUGAAUCCUGUGGUGUUUAAAGGUAUAAAUUCAAUCAAUAACUAGAAUAGAUGCAUAAAUCAGUUUUGGUUUUAAAACAAAAACGUUUGGCUAGAGCCCUAACUGGUACAGGUGAAGACGGACACAGCUACAGAGUUGUGGAGUAGUUAGUGUCAUAGGUGUAAGAGGGACGUCAUAACCACAUCACGGGUGAUUAUGACGUAGGUGACUGUUGGCAAAGCUAUUGUCUUCUUCAAAAGAAAAGUCGCUUUUGGCCGUUUGCCCGUAUGGCCGAAUAUGGACGUAAUUUGAAAAUGAAAAAAAAAUGAAUAUAAAUUUGGGAUUUUUUUUUUCAACAACAGUAAGUUAAGGGUCCUCUGAUAGGU